UCCUCAAUACUCACGAAUCGUCGUUCCCGCAACGUUGUCCUCGGACUUUCAUUCUCCUUGAAAUCUCCGGCGUUCGGAAGCCCUGUCCAUGUAAACGGAUGUUCUGUGCAAGUUGCGUAAGAAUCUUCUGCGAACUGUUUUCCAGGUCACCCGAAUCUUACAAUUCCACAUCGCCUAUUUAUUUGGGAUCCCCGCACUUCUCCGAACAUCUAAGUAGAGAAGGCAUUUCCAUAUCAAUGGCUUCUUCCUUGUCUCGUCCUCCAGAGAUUCCUAUGGAACUUCACGCCCAGAAUCGAUCGAAGCUCAUUCGAUCUCUCCGUCAACAUCUCUCCUCCUCAUCUCGCCCUCUCCAUGGAUUCGUCUUACUGCAAGGAGGAGAGGAGCAAACGCGUUACUGCACCGAUCAUGUUAUUCUCUUUAGGCAGGAGAGUUAUUUCGCUUACCUCUUCGGAGUGAGGGAGCCUGGUUUUUAUGGAGCAAUUGACAUUGCUUCUGGAAAAUCGAUUCUGUUUGCUCCACGGCUACCUGUUGAUUAUGCCGUUUGGUUAGGGGAGAUAAAGCCAUUAUCCUACUUCAAGGAAAGGUAUAUGGUCAACAUGGUUUGCUAUACUGAUGAGAUUGUAGAAGUGCUACAUGAUCACUAUGGAGGAUCAGGAAAACCCUUACUGUUUCUUUUGCAUGGGCUCAACACUGACAGCAAUAACUUUUCCAAGCCAGCGGAACUUGAGGAGAUGGAGAAGUUUGACACUGAUCUAGCUACACUUCAUCCUAUUUUAACUGAAUGUCGCAUUUUAAAGUCUGAUAUGGAACUUGCUCUCAUCCAGUAUGCUAAUGAUAUAAGCUCAGAAGCUCACAUCGAGGUUAUGCGAAAUAUAAGAGUGGGUAUGGAGGAGUAUCAGCUGGAAAGCACGUUUCUUCAUCAUGUCUACAUGUAUGGUGGCUGUAGGCAUUGCUCAUACACAUGCAUAUGCGCUACUGGUGAAAAUAGUGCUGUUCUUCACUAUGGGCAUGCUGCUGCUCCAAAUGACCGGACCUUGGAAGAUGGGGAUAUGGCGUUGCUAGAUAUGGGGGCUGAAUACCAUUUUUAUGGUUCUGACAUUACAUGCUCCUUUCCUGUAAAUGGUAAAUUUACAAGAGAUCAGAGUCUUAUUUACAAUGCUGUCCUCAAGGCUCACAAUUCUGUUAUAUCUACAAUGAGACCUGGAAUAAGCUGGAUAGACAUGCACAAACUAGCAGAAAAGAACAUCCUUGAGUCGCUGAAGGCAGGAGGAAUCGUUAUUGGCGAUGUCGAUGAUAUGAUGGCUGAGAGACUGGGUGCUGUUUUCAUGCCCCAUGGUCUUGGCCACUUCCUUGGACUUGACACCCACGAUCCAGGAGGCUACACUAAGGACAUGGAAAGGCCAAAAGAACCAGGAUUAAGAGCUUUACGGACGAUAAGAGAACUUAAAGAAGGCAUGGUAAUAACAGUGGAGCCUGGGUGCUAUUUCAUUGAUGCUCUGCUGAAUCCAGCCUUGGAAAAUUCAAAUACAUCAAAGUUCUUUAAUCGUGAAGAGAUUAGCAGAUUUAAAAGCUUUGGAGGAGUCAGAAUUGAAAGUGAUGUGUAUGUUACUUCAAAGGGUUGUCAGAAUCUCACAAACUGCCCACGGGAGACAUGGGAAAUCGAAGCUGUAAUGGCAGGUGAAUCAUGGCCGCUGGCCAAGAGCUCAUAAGCGGAAGCAGUGUAGGAGAGGUUGAGCCUCCUGGUCCCCUGCAGUCUACCUCAGAUGAGUGCUUACUCAAACCAUGUGGCGUAAGAGAGUUCCUCAGAAUCCAGUUGUAUAUUUUGCACAUUGGUUUCGAUUUACUUGUAAGAUGUUUAAGAUCUUAUAACAAUUACAGUCAUUGGACUUCCAUCAUGCUACAAGAUAAUUGCAGAUGAACCCUUGGAUUAGUCUUCGAAGAAAUUCUCAUUGAGAA